CAGGCAAUUAUCAGUUGCGUGGUGACCGACGGCGAGGGACCGACUGACAGGAUUACCUGGUUCAUAACCAAAUUUUGGCUCAGCUGCGUAGACCAUCGCAGCCUUCCAAACACCCAGAUGUUCCUGAACCAUCUCAGCAGAGUGCAUUCGGACAGUACCUGCGUCAUGGAGUCGUUUGACGUGGAAGCCCUCUAUACCAACGUCACCAAUUCAUCUGCUAUGGAGGCCGUUUCCGAGCUUCUUACGCAACAUCGUAAUAUGUUCCGGACGGCGGCAACUGUUUGUACGAGGGAGGAGGAGAGGAAGGAGUCAUUGAGAAUGGCACGCGAAAUUGCUGGGCUUAACGGCUAUAACCGCCCCUCACCUAUGCGUAGAAUCAGUACGCGCACAAUAACCAACAGACCGGGGGGGGGUCUUCUUUAUCUCCGAAGAAGUAAGCACUUCCACAAGGAAGUGCCCGAGGAGACCGGGCCUAGAAAACUCUGUUGGCAACGUGGAGAUUCCCCACACAACUUGAAGGCCGUUUGA